CUCCGUUCAGCGACGAACAAAUGAAAUACGGCAACGUCACGCACGUAUUGAAGUUGGUAGAGUGAUUGUUCAUUCGGCGUUCUGAAAAACUAGUAAAUUUACAAAUUGUAAUUUAUAUUUUAUAUUAAAAAUGGCAGAUAGUAAAGGUAAUCCUGAUGAUUUAUCGACCGCGAUCCUGCGCCGCAAGGACAGGCCCAACCGUCUCAUCGUGGAGGAGGCGGUCAGCGAUGACAACUCUGUGGUGGCGUUAUCACAGGCAAAAAUGGAGCAGCUGCAACUGUUCCGCGGAGACACAGUUCUCCUGAAGGGCAAGCGUCGCAAGGAGACAGUCUGCAUUGUCCUCUCAGAUGACAACUGUCCUGAUGAGAAGAUCCGCAUGAAUCGCGUUGUACGCAACAACUUGCGCGUACGUCUGUCUGAUGUGGUGUCCAUCGCGCCGUGCCCGUCCGUUAAGUACGGGAAACGCGUCCACAUAUUGCCCAUUGAUGACUCUGUUGAGGGCUUGACUGGAAACUUAUUCGAGGUGUACCUGAAGCCUUAUUUCAUGGAAGCCUACCGGCCAAUCCACCGUGACGACACGUUCAUGGUGCGCGGAGGUAUGCGCGCUGUAGAGUUCAAGGUCGUGGAGACUGACCCCUCGCCCUACUGCAUCGUGGCUCCUGACACCGUCAUCCAUUGUGAGGGAGACCCCAUCAAACGUGAGGAGGAAGAGGAAGCUUUGAAUGCUGUCGGUUACGACGACAUUGGUGGCUGCCGUAAGCAGCUGGCUCAGAUCAAGGAGAUGGUGGAGCUGCCUCUGCGCCACCCAUCUCUGUUUAAGGCCAUCGGUGUGAAGCCCCCGCGCGGUAUACUCAUGUACGGGCCUCCCGGUACCGGUAAAACACUCAUCGCCCGUGCUGUGGCUAAUGAAACUGGUGCCUUCUUCUUCUUGAUCAACGGACCGGAGAUCAUGUCCAAACUGGCUGGUGAAUCCGAGUCGAACUUGCGUAAGGCAUUCGAGGAGGCUGACAAGAACUCUCCGGCAAUCAUCUUCAUUGAUGAACUGGAUGCUAUUGCACCCAAGAGGGAGAAGACUCACGGAGAGGUGGAGCGUAGGAUUGUGUCCCAACUGCUGACACUUAUGGAUGGUAUGAAGAAGUCAUCCCACGUCAUCGUAAUGGCGGCCACAAACCGUCCGAACUCGAUCGACCCUGCAUUGCGUCGUUUCGGUCGCUUCGACCGUGAGAUCGACAUCGGUAUUCCUGACGCUACCGGCAGGUUGGAGAUCUUGCGUAUCCACACCAAGAACAUGAAGCUUGGCGAUGACGUCGACUUGGAACAGAUCGCAGCAGAAUCUCACGGUCACGUGGGCGCUGACUUGGCGUCUCUGUGCUCGGAGGCAGCUCUCCAACAGAUCCGUGAGAAGAUGGACCUCAUCGAUCUCGAGGACGACCAGAUUGACGCCGAGGUUCUCAACUCCCUCGCCGUCUCCAUGGACAACUUCCGGUAUGCGAUGACCAAAUCAUCGCCGUCGGCUCUGCGCGAGACUGUGGUGGAGGUGCCGAAUGUGACGUGGGGAGAUAUUGGAGGUCUCCAGAACGUCAAGCGCGAGCUGCAGGAGUUGGUCCAGUACCCGGUGGAGCACCCCGACAAGUUCCUCAAGUUCGGCAUGCAGCCUUCAAGGGGUGUGCUCUUCUAUGGACCACCUGGUUGUGGUAAGACUCUGUUGGCCAAGGCUAUCGCCAACGAGUGCCAGGCCAACUUCAUCUCUGUCAAGGGCCCUGAACUGCUCACCAUGUGGUUCGGUGAAUCCGAGGCUAACGUGCGAGACAUCUUCGACAAGGCCCGAUCAGCGUCUCCCUGUGUUCUAUUCUUCGACGAGCUGGACUCGAUCGCCAAGUCUCGUGGAGGCUCAGUGUCGGAUGCAGGCGGCGCGGCCGACCGUGUCAUCAACCAGAUCCUGACUGAGAUGGACGGUAUGGGCGCUAAGAAGAACGUCUUCAUCAUUGGCGCGACAAACCGUCCGGAUAUCAUCGACCCGGCCAUCCUUCGACCGGGUCGUCUGGACCAGCUGAUCUACAUCCCACUGCCCGACGAGAAGUCGCGUGAGGCCAUCCUCCGCGCCAACCUGCGCAAGUCGCCCAUCGCCAAGGAUGUCGAUCUCUCAUACAUCGCUAAGGUGACACAAGGGUUCAGUGGUGCUGACCUGACAGAGAUCUGCCAGCGCGCGUGCAAGUUGGCCAUCCGACAGGCCAUCGAGGCUGAGAUCCAACGCGAGCGCACUCGUCAGCAACAGACUGCCGCCGCUGUCAUGGAUAUGGACGAAGAGGACCCCGUACCUGAGAUCAGCCGCGCUCACUUCGAGGAGGCCAUGAAGUUCGCUCGCCGCUCCGUCUCAGACAACGACAUCCGCAAGUACGAGAUGUUCGCGCAGACGUUGCAGCAGAGCAGGGGAUUCGGCACCAACUUCAGGUUCCCCGCGAGCGGCGGCGCGGCGGGCGGCACGGGCACGUCGGGCGGCGACCAGCCGACGUUCCAGGAGGAGGGCGGCGACGACGACCUGUACAGCUAAGCGGCGCGCGCACCGACUGGCGCCGCAGGUCUCUACGACUGACCUUACUACUUAAGAUUAUCGGUUCACAUAGCGAAUGGGUGUUUCGGACUCGGGAAGCGACCGAAUGGUUCCAACAGGCAGCCUCUCUCCGUUCGAGAGACUAAACAUUAUAAAGUCGGCGUGCGCGUCGUGGUCGGUUAAAUUUCUACCAAUCUGUGUCUAAUAAUAAAUAAUAUGUAAAUGUAUUUAUUUUAUAAUUGAAUCAUUCGAUAGCAUUUGUUUCUGUUCCGAUUUGCUUAUGUUUAGUUGUAAUUGAAUAAAUAAUGUUUGUGUAUGUACCGCUCGCCCCAGCGGCGAGCUUGUAAGAUCACCAUAUGAUAGAGUAAUUGUUAACUUUACUGUAUUUGCCAGAUCCUGUGCGUAGGCGGUGUCGGUGGGGAUGCCUCGGCAACCACGCCGACUAAACACAAUAUUACAGUGAUUUUUUUAAUAAAAGAUUUUUAUAGACUAGAAA